UCAGCCAAGGACCUACAAACUUUUGUAACCAUAAUCCUAUUCCCCUGAAAACAAAAUGCCAAUGCGGCUGCUUUUACUGUUCGUAUCAUGCCUUCUUUGCCUUCAACCCCAUGCACGGCAGCAUGGAGGCAUCUCACUGAAAUCCCAACAAAUGGCCCUUCUUCACUGGAAGCCGGCUCUCUCGAGCUCCCCAAUGCAAAUGAGCUCUUGGCAAGACCAUACCAGUCCAUGCAACUGGACUGGCAUCAUGUGUAGUGCUGUUCACCACGGCAAUCAUACGCCCAGGGUGGUGACCAACAUCUCUCUACCGAGUGCUGACAUCCAUGGACAGCUCGGUGAGCUCAACUUCUCGUCUCUUCCAUUCCUCACGUAUAUAAAUCUCAAUGACAAUAGUCUCCUUGGCCCCAUCCCAGCAAACAUUUUUUCUUUAUCCAUGCUCUCGUACCUUGACCUCAGGAGCAACAGUCUUACAGGAGAAAUACCAUCUGAGAUCGGAAUCCUACAGAAUCUUAGUACACUGAUGUUGUCAUUUAACAACCUCACAGGCACCAUCCCUAAGACCUUGGGAAAUCUAACUAUGUUAAACAUUCUAGAAGUGCACCAGAACAUGCUAUCAGGUGCCAUUCCCAAGGAGAUAGGAAGUCUCCUGGAUCUACAGGUCUUGUCAAUUAGCAACAAUACCUUAAGCGGUGAGAUACCUGCGACACUUGGAAACUUGACCAAACUGAAUAUUCUAUAUUUGUAUGGUAAUGCGUUGGCCGGAGCUAUACCACUAGAACUUGGGAAGCUUGUCCACUUGAAAGAUCUUGAGUUAAGCAGCAAUAUCUUAAGCGGUGAGAUACCCGCAACUCUUUGGAACUUGACAGAAUUGAAUAGUCUCUAUUUGUAUGAUAAUGAGUUGUCAGGAGCCAUACCAUCAGAAGUAGGGAAGCUUAACAAUUUGAAAUAUCUCGUGCUCUCCAACAAUCAACUAUCGGCUAUACCCGCGAGCUUAGGAAAUCUUACCAAGCUCAUAACACUGUCCUUGUACCAAAACGAAAUUACCAGUUCCAUCCCAAGUGAAAUUGGAUAUCUACUGCAACUUCAAUUUUUGUACUUGGAUGACAACCAAUUAUUCGGGUCCAUCCCAUCAACAUUCCAGAAUUUGAAAAAACUCCAACAUUUGACAAUGAAAAAUAACAAACUAUCAGGUAAUCUUCCUAAGGACCUAGGAAAUCAUGGCAUGGAAAGGUUCGAGCUGUCAAAUAAUUCAUUCUCUGGGCCUUUGCCAGCAAAUGUAUGUCUGGGCAACAAACUAUCAGUCUUGGGCGUUGCUUGGAAUAUGUUUAGUGGCCCUGUUCCAAGUAGCCUGAGGACAUGCACAAGUUUGUAUCUUCUCUUCCUUGCUGGGACCCAGCUCACAGGGGAUAUAUCUCAACAUUUUGGGGUGUAUCCAAAACUUAAAUUUGCACGUUUGAUGUCCAAUCGGCUCUCAGGACAACUCUCACCAAAUUGGGGCUCUUGUCCCCACCUAGAGUAUCUCAAUCUCGCAAAUAAUAUGAUCACAGGGAAAAUACCUCCUGAUCUCUCUAAAUUGUCCAACCUUGGGUCACUAAUACUCCAUAAUAAUCUUAUUACUGGUGAGAUUCCACGCGACCUCAGCAAUAUGACAAAUUUACUGAACUUGAGUUUGGCAUCAAAUCAUUUAUCUGGACCUAUACCGGCGGACUUUGGGAAAAUGAGCAAUUUAGCAUACCUUGACAUAUCAGGGAACCAUUUGAAUGGAUCGAUACCACGGGAAAUUGGUAGGUGCACUAAACUACAGUUCUUGAAUAUGAACAGCAACAACUUGAGUGGAAAUUUACCUGAUGCAAUUGGAAGUUUGACAAGCCUACAGACCAUUUUAGAUCUUAGCAACAAUGAAUUUAAUGGUUCUCUACCACAACAACUUGGAAGGUUACACAUGCUAGAGAUUCUGAAUUUAUCUCACAAUCAGUUCACUGGAAGCAUUCCGGCUUCAUUUGAAAGCAUGAUUAGCCUAACAGUGUUUGAUGUAUCCUACAACACUUUGGAAGGACCACUACCAGCAGGACGUGUUUUCCAAAAUGCAUCACUGGACUGGUUUCUCCACAAUAAAGGUAUCUGUUGUGAUCUAUUGGGCCUACCGACAUGCCACUUGACUCCACUACCAGAAGUUCACAGAAGAAAGCAACUUACACUGGUAUUAUCAAUUGUUAUUCCACUAAGUUCAAUCAUUCUUCUUGUAACCAUUAUCACUAUAAUGCUUAUUCACAACAAGAGACAACUUCAAGAAACUACAACUACCGAAGAAAGGCAAAUAUUUUCUGUAUGGAAUUAUGAUGGAAAACUAGCAUUCGAGGAUAUCAUCAGGGCAACAGAAAAUUUUAAUGAUAACUACGUUAUUGGAGAAGGAGGAUAUGGUAAGGUCUACAAAGCACAUCUCCAAGAUGGGCAAAUAGUAGCUGUCAAGAAGCUUCACCAAAUCGAUGAGGAAUUGUCUGAUGAAAAAAGAUUUCGAAGUGAAAUUGAAGUAUUAACAAAGGUCCGACAUCGAAGCAUUGUCAAGUUGUAUGGAUUCUGCUCUCAUUCACAGUUCAAGUUUCUUGUCUGUGACUACAUAGAACAGGGGAACCUCCAUAUGAUGUUAGAAAAUGAGGAACUAGCAAAGGAGUUGGAUUGGCAAAAGAGGGCUAGUCUUGCAAAAGAUGUGGCUCAAGCGGUAUCUUAUCUUCACCAUGACUGCAAUCCUCCUAUAAUUCAUCGAGAUAUCACAAGCAACAAUAUCUUACUUGAUGCUAGAUUCAAGGGUUAUGUAUCAGAUUUUGGCACAGCAAGGAUUUUGAAACCGGAUUCAUCAAACUGGAGUGCGCUAGCUGGGACAUAUGGCUAUAUAGCUCCUGAGCUGUCUUACACAUCUAUCGUGACAGAGAAAUGUGAUGUUUAUAGCUUCGGAGUGGUUUUGCUAGAGGUGGUGAUGGGGAAGCAUCCAAGGGAUCUUUUGAAUCAGCUUGCAUCAGGAGAGCAACAUAUGCUACUUAUGGAAAUCCUGGACCAACGACCUUUAGCACCAACCGUGACAGAAGCAGAGACCAUAAUUCACCUUAUAAAGGUGGCAUGUUCUUGCCUGCAACCUUCUCCGCAAGCAAGGCCAACCAUGCAAGAGGCAUACCAGGCACUUAUCCAUCAUCAGUCUUCUAGCUCCUCCCCAAGAUAUUUCAAUGCACUUACAUUUAAUGAAUUCUGGGGUUUGUAAUUAAUUGCGGUACCGAUGCUUGGCUUUCAUCUCUAAUGCAUAGCAUCGUUGAUGGGAAUGCCAUUUGUAAUCCUGAACACCAAUUAUCUCAUGCCAGGGCUCUCAGUUUAUCCCUAUCGAUAUGGACCUCUUCAUCCUGAUCUGUAAUAUAUUAAUUUUAAAUUCAAGUAGUUCAGAACAGCGCUAUGUUUCUGAACCCAAUUCUUGCUCAA